AUGCCCACCAAGUUCAGUUCGGAAACAUCUAUUAGGGUGUCGGAAAUUCAAAGAGUACGAGAAGUUUAUAAAUAUCUUCCCCCCUUCGCAGCACCCCUCAUUCCCCCGCCCAAACAAAAUGAUAAAGAUGUAGGAAGUGCAAAAAUCUACCCCAAGGCAUUCUCCUCAUCGGAUCGGGCACUCAAUGCCUUUGCACAACUCGGCGCUUUGCGACUAAAGGCAAGGCGGGCUAUGAUUUCCCUCGUCGAUCGUACACAUGAAUAUAUCUUGGCAGAGUCGACAAAGACCUUAUCAUCACAAAAUGAUGAUGUGCACGAUGAUGGAGAUUUCCUAUGGCUAGGCUUACGAACUAUACCCCGCGAAGACUCAUUGUGUGCUGCGGUCAUAAAUACACCGCGAUCAGAGAGUCAGCGUGACGAUACUGAAUUUCGACCUAAAGUGAUACCCAAAGUUAUAAACGAUCUGUCUAACGAAACCUUGCGCUACGACCCCGAUAUCAUCGGAUGCCCGAAAAUACGGUUCGUGGCUACUGUGCCCAUACGAUCUCGUGAAGGGUUUGACAUAGGGGCUUAUAGUGUGUUUGAUGAUCUUCCUCGGAAUGGAUUGUUGCCGGAAGAAAUGGAAUUUCUAACAGACAUAACUGAUACAGUGAUGGAGCACCUUGAGAACAUUGCUGUAAAGCGAGACCAUUUGAGAGGAGAGAAGAUGGUGAAGGGACUAGGAUUGUUUGUAGAAGGUCAUUCUAGCAUUAAGUCUUGGUGGCUGCGCACUCGAAAUGAUCGUGAAACAUCUGUUCGGGGUAGAGAUUCACACGCUACAACAAGCGUAGGGAAUCUGACGGUUGCUACUGAAGCUACCCAUGAAACUUCGGAGGCUGCUGAUCAAUUGCGAGAGAUGGAAGAGUCGAUACCUCUACUGCCGACCUCAUCCUCACCUACGAGUAAUCUUCGCAAAGAUCUGCCACUCAGACCGAGAGGUGAAAAUGACGAAUCGAAUGACCAUUCCUCUGUUGAAGUGAGGGAUAGCUCACCUUACUUUGGGGAACAACGCGAUCAACCAUCCACCCUUAAUCUACCCAAUCAUUCUCCCCAAAUACCUCCUGAUUCUCCAUCGAAUGAAACCCCCAGAAGUUCAUUCUUCAAGUCUGCUGAUCAAGCGCUUCUAUCCGUGGCAGCCAGAGAAACAACCAUCAACGAAAAUAAAACUCGAUCUCCUUCCGAAAAAGCCGAAGUUUUAAAAAGAAUGCUUUCCCGUGCUAGCAAUCUCAUACGUGAGUCGACAGAUGUGGAAGGCGUAAUUUUUUUUGAUGCCAAAGAAAGCUCUUUUGGGCACCAAUCUUCUUUGCAUAACCAAGAGAGAAUUGCUGGCUUACAUGAUGCUGCACAGAUAUCUAGCAGCGAAGAUGCUUCGAAAACAACUUCGCGGCCUGAUACCUCGGAUAGUGUUGAUGGAAGAGAUCAUGACAGGGGGUCAGGCAUGAAGGUACAGGCUUCACAAACACGCAUGUGUGAAGUACUAGCAUAUUCUACAGCCUUACGCUGUACAUUGCGUGGGGACCCAAGCUCUCCAGAGCACCUCACUGUCAAAGAAAAUUUUGUUCGCCGCCUUCUCAAGCGGCAUCCUCAUGGCAGAGUUUUUGCAUUUGACGAAGGGGGUCAUAUGUCGUCAAGUGAAGAUGAUCUUCUCGACGCUGCGCCGAGUGGAGAAAUAUCAAUUGUUGCAGAAACUCCUCAAAACUCGAUAGUUAAGAAAGCAUCCUCUAAGGUUCUGGAAGGCCAAACUAUGCUACGAAUAUUUCCCGGUGCUAGAUACGUAAUGAUUCUACCAUUGUGGGAUUCGCAUAAUGAGCGCUGGUUUGCUAGUACUAUGCUUUGGACUUCAGAUCCAACUCGAGUACUCAGUCUUGAUGAUGAUCUAAAUUACGUGGCUGCUUUCGGAAACAGUAUCAUGGCUGAAGUCUCUCGUCUAGAAAUAGUUGCAUCCGAUCAAACGAAGACUGCCUUGAUAUCAUCUAUAAGUCACGAAUUGAGGAGUCCAUUACAAGGAAUUCAAGGAUCGAUCGAGCUUCUACAAGAUACGCAAAUUAGCAAUUAUCAAAGGAGUGCGUUGGAGACAAUUGGACAUUGUUCUACAACUUUACUUGAUACAUUAACCAAUGUACUUGACUUCGCAAAAAUCAAUAACUUUACCACAGCGCAAAAGACGGAACAAAGAGUGGUACGCAACUCGUCUAAGAUACGAAGGGCUAUCCCAGCAGAGAAGUUUCAGAUCUAUGGGACAAUCAGCUUGACCUCGGAUCUUGAUAUUGCCUCUAUCACCGAGGAUGUCAUUAAUGGUAUAUAUGCUGGGCAUGUUCAUGUUAUUCACUCGAAUCCACAUGAUGCUUACACUGAUGGUGACUAUCUAAACUCACCUACCAGUUCUGAUUUUCCAGGAAUAAAGGAACCGGCGCCGCUAUCUGUAAUUCUUGACGUAGACCACAAAUCCAACUGGACUUUUCUGACUCAACCUGGGGCCUGGAAGCGUAUUUUGAUGAAUAUAUUUGGCAACGCCUUAAAAUAUACCACAUCAGGAUUGAUCAAAGUCAGUCUCGGAUGUAAGACUGCCACACCGAAGAAUUCAAGAAUGAAUCAAGCGUUCAUCACUCUGACGAUCAGUGACACUGGUAAGGGCAUUGCGGAAGAUUUUCUAAAGCGUCAAAUAUAUACUCCUUUUGCCCAGGAAGACAGCUUGACACCCGGCGCUGGAUUGGGUCUUAGUAUUGUUCGUCAAAUUGUCAGAGCACUCGAUGGAAAAAUCGAUGUUUUUAGCAUCCAAGGCACUGGUACAGUUGUAAAAGUUGUUCUCAAACUAGAGAAGUCCCAACCACAUUUUGGUGACCUAACUCGCUUGCCAAACAAUAUCGAAAAAGCUAGAAGUUACACUAAUGGUCUAGACUUGGUAUUCAUAGGAAUGAAAAUUUCAACGCCUGAGCCUGAGAAAGAGGCAUAUCUGGAAUCCAGUCAUGAUAGAUCUGUGGGUCCAGCAAUCUCUAAGAUGACCAGGAAUUGGUUUGGAAUGAAGCCUAGUGAAGCUGUUGAAUUUGAUGCAAUGACUGCAGAUAUCUUCAUGGUAACUUCCGAAAAAUUCUAUGAAUUAGAGAAUCAUUGGAAAACUCUCUACUCGAAAACUACAGAUGAUACACAGAAGAAGCACUUGAUUGUUUUAACAGGCUUUGAACAAUCUGAAAGAAGAACGUUAUUCGAGAACUACCAAAAUAUACAUUUCCUCAGCAAUCCAAUCGGCCCCAAAAAGCUCGCAGAUUGUUUUCUCUCCAUAUUUGAAAGAUCUAAUAGCCGGAACGAUAGUUGCUUCCUCGCAAUGCCUCUUCUUAAUCCACGACGAAUCACCUCUCCUUCCCUUAACACAAUUAUUGCCAAACCAGAUCAAAGUCACUCACUAUCCGGAAUUCUCUUGACCAACAAGCCGAUCGCACUCCUCGUAGAAGACAACACCAUCAACAUGAAGAUUCUCAUCGCCUGUAUGAAAAAACUAUCUGUGCAAUAUUACUGCGCGGUAAAUGGUCUGCAUGCAGUAACCACCUACCAAAACGCGAGAGUCAAACCGGAUAUUAUAUUCAUGGAUAUAAGUAUGCCGAUCAUGAAUGGGUUUGAGGCAUCUCGAAACAUUAGGGGGUUAGAGAAGAGAGAGGGUUUGAAAGCAAGUGUUAUUGUGGCGGUGACUGGGUUGGCUAGCGACGAGAGUCAAAGGGAGGCGUACAGCAGUGGGAUUAAUCUUUUCUUGAGUAAGCCCGUGCCUUUGAAGGAGUUGGGAAAGAUUGUGUUGGAGAUGGAGAAGGAAAAUGAGAGGAGAGGAAGUGGGUAG